AUGUCUUCAUCUUCAUCGUCCGAAGAUGGCAACAAUGCGCCUCGUGGUCGCGGCGGUGAUUUUGAAGGGCCGUCGCCGUCACGGCGGCGAGCAAAUAACGACGUGUGGCCGGAGCCUUUUAUUGAAGCUGUCGCCAUCCAAGUCGCCACUGAGGCCGCUCGCUCCAUUGGUCGCCUCGCCGCUGCGCUUGCUCUAGCCAGUGUCUUUCAGGUGUGCUCAACGUGGCGCGCCGUCUCACGCUCGGACCAACUAUGGCAGCGCAUCACACGCCGCAUCUGGGGCCGGACCCACCUCCGACAGGACACGUGGCGCGACGAGUACGUCUACUGGCACCGUACGUCUCUCAACUUUCUCAACGGCCGUUCCUCCCACGCCGUUCUCCACUUCGACCCCGCCGAUCAUCCCCGUGACGGCGGUGGUGACCCUGACGCCCUCGCCUGCCGAUGCCUCACACUCUCCGACACUCACCUCGCAUGCGGUUUUGCUGACGGUGCCGUCCGACUCUUCGAACUCUCCACGCGUCUCCACGUCCGCACCUUCCACCCACCACCACGCAACCUCCUCGGCCGAUUCUCACGCGCCGUCACGGGGAUUAUCCUCCCCGCCGCUAACCACCAUCGCAACCGCCUCGUCUUCGGUACACUCGACGGCGACAUCCACGUGGCGGUCAUUAACGGGACUCCCAUUCCCCGCCGGGCCCACGUGGGCCACGUGGUCGAGGACGGGGUCCUGGUGGACUUCACGGGCUGCGGGCGCUGGUGGGUGGGCCUCUACGCUGGCGUACCGGGCCGGGCCUUCCACAUUUGGGACGGGAACACCGAGGAGCUCGUCUUCGUUGGCGGGUCGUUGACCGACCCGGAAGCCGUGACGGGUUGGCAAAUGCUGAUCGAGUUGACUCACGUGGUGGGGCGAGUCCGAGUGACGAGUCAGGAAUCGGCCGUGGCGUGCACUAGCUCGAGGGCGAUUGCGUUUGAUUUGAGGAACCAAGGAUUGGUGUUGGGAGAGGAGGAGUAUGAAGAUGGGUUGACGGCGACGUCAUUCGACGUAAGCAACUCGGCGUACAUUAUCGUGGACAGCAAUGGUGUGGCUAGGGUGCGCCGGGUGGGCAUGUUAGAGGAGGUGUGCACCUUCUCGGUGAGGAGAGGGGCGUGGCAGAGAGGGGUGAUGGGAUGCAUGAACCGGGGGUAUGCGCUAAUGUGCGCCGGGGGUGUCAUGCGCGUAUGGGAGAUUAGGCUUGGGAAUGGCCAAUAUCGGUACAGAUUCGCGGAGGAAAUUGGGGAACUCAACGCGCUCGUGGCAGACGAACGACAUGUCGUUGCUUCCUCUAGCGACGGGAGGUUGCGUAUUUGGGACUUUGGGGCCCAGUGA